AUGAUGAACUCAGGUACGACGAUAGUAAUUCCAGCGAGAUUCGAAGCUGAUUAUUUGGUGAAGACUAUUUACUAUACUUUCCUCUACACUGAACCAGAGUUGUUGGCCGAAAUUCUCGUGGUUGAUGAUAACUCUGAAGAUCCCCUAGAGCCUCUAGUAGUGCAGUCUUUUGAUAAGGGUGGUGUGUUAGAGGAUCUCACACCGGAGCAAAAGGGAAAAAUACGUAUACUACGGCUACCAGAACGGGAGGGAUUAAUACGGGCGAAGAUUAUUGGAGCUGAUUCUGCUAGGGGUACAUACAUACUGUUCUUGGAUGGUCAUUGCAGAGUGGUGCCGGGCUAUAUGCAAUCUAUGAUAAACAUGAUAGCUAACAAUGGGUAUAAGACUAUAGUAACUCCUAUUGUUACUGAUGUUAAUGGUACUACGUGGGAGCACAGAUCGAUGGACGGUGGGUCUAAGAUGAUGUUUGAAUGGAACUUUGAGUUUUAUUGGUUUGAUGAUAACAACGAUGAGGUGCCGAUAGCAGUGGGUGGUAUACAGCUGAUGACUAAACGCUGGUGGACUGAGUCUGGAGGAUACGACCAAGGUAUGUUGGACUGGGGUGGCGAGAAUAUAGAGCAGUCGCUGCGUGUAUGGAUGUGUGGAGGGAAGAUAUUGGUGGAUCGCGAGGCUAAGAUUGGGCACAUUUUCGAGAGACCGGCACCGAAAAACAAGGUUCGAAGUGGACAGGUUCAGCGUAAUCACGCUCGAGCCGGUUUCCUAUAUCUCGAUGAUAAGCUGGAUUGGUUUAUGGAUCAUCAUGGCGCUGCUGCAUAUGAGAUGACUCAUAACCAGAUGGGGCCUCAUAUAGGCGAUAGGCUUGCUGUACGGCAUAGUUUACAAUGCCAAUCUUUCGAGGAAGGCUUCAUGGAACGUUUCUGGUCGGUUUUCGAGAACCAAGGUCUGCUCCUUGAUAAAAUGCAUGCUAUACGUCAUAUACAGAGUGGCUUGUGCUUAGCAUUGAUCAGAACUACUAAGGACUCCAAUGUGAAGGACGAGAAUGCACAGGUGGAGCUGAGAUAUAUGCCUUGCGAGCCUCACGACACACGGAUGAUAUGGACUAGGACACAUGCUGGUACUAGAGUGUAUAAUAAGAGGUAUAAUCGGUGUCUUGAUCGCGGGAAUAAGCCCUUCGGUCGGGCCCAGCUGGUGGUGUAUGGCUGCGAUGAGCAUCAGAGUAACGGCAAUCAGCGUUGGUAUUGGGACGGGGGCCGCAUUUACAGUCCGAAUCGUCCGAUUUCAUCGUUCCGAGCACAGGCUGUGAAAGUUGAUGAGAAUAGUAAGGAAACUCUGUGUAUGCUGGGACCGCAAGCAGAUGGAAAGCAGUUAGAGGUGCCUCCCGAACAGGAAUCUAAGGGAGAUGAUCUUGUUAAGGAGGCGAACAAGUACCCGCUGGUUUACAUAGAGCCGUGCCGGGCCAGGCCAGAAGCUGGUCAGCGGGUUUCAGCGGACCCUUUUGAGUUCGAGAGCAUUUGAAGUGCAGUACUUGUUCAUUUUUCCGAGGAUAUGUAUUCAGCAAAGAAGGUUUCGGUAGAUAUGAAGUGAGUGAUUGUUCAAUUCGGUAGCAGUUGAAGAGUUAGAAGCGUCCCGACGGAGAUUUGAACCCGGGUUCAUUUUCGUGAGUAACUAUAUCCUUGCUUGUUUUCAAUCUUCUACCGUUACUGACUGAAUGCAUUUCAAAUAGUAGCAUCACUAUUAUGUCCAGUUAG